AUGGUAGAUCCUGGAGGAUGGUCUACAACACAAGAUGAUUUUUCUAAUUUUCAAUCAAACGACAGCUUUAAUUUAAACGAAGUAACUGGUAUCGAUGGUACGUUGUAUUUAAUAUUUAUCAAAUUAAAUUUUAUCUUUCUCAAUGGAAAUAGAAACUUUAUUUUCAAACUAGACUUUUUUACGUUAUUUUUACCUUUUUACGUCUCCUAUUUGUUUUUAUCUUUUUAUGUAAUUUUUUGUAAUUUUUUGUGUAAUGUAUUUUUUUUUUAAUAGAAACAUGAUACUGUAUGACAUAAACAUAAGUUGUUUUAUAUUAAAAUGUAACUAUAAAAUAAAAUAUUGUAUUGUAUUUGCAACAGUUUAUGAGAUUGUAAAGCAUUGUAGAUUAUUUUAUUAAUAAUUUUAUUAUUACAUGUGAUUUUUUUAUAAAUAUGUUAAAUUAUUUUAUUUUAUUUUGUUACAGAGCUUCUUACAAACUGUGAAAGUGAAUUGUUGAAAAAUGAAAAUUUAUUUAGCGAUGACACAUUAUUAUCGCAAUUGGAAGAGCCUUUAGGAAUAGACACGGAAGGACUAGAUUUUUUAAGUUUCAACAAUAGCAAAGAACUAAAAGAUUUUAAAGAAUUUCAUGAUUUUGAGGACCCAACUGUUAUAAAAUCUGUACCAAAUGGAAAUGUAAUAUUAGCGUCAACAGUGACAGAAAAUACACAACAAAUUCCUCGUGUCUCUCGACAAUUGCAACAAGAAAAGCAGCAACAGCAACCGCAAUUACAGGACAUAACUUCUGUACAGAAUAGGACGCAAAGAAUAUCUGUUACACCAGCACCAACAGUAUUUAGCUCGCAAUAUACUAUUCCGCAAAAUGUAAACUUUAGUGUUCAGUCACCUGUUGUAACUAUAGCACCAGUGACACAACAGCGACAGUUGCUUCUUCCAGCUAAACUUAUAAAGUCAGAAUCAGUUGUUUAUUCUAGGGGAUCACAAGCUGUAAAUUCAACCUCUGUACCGCAUCAAAUACAUACUUUAGUGAAUACUGCCAAUGGGACAGUUUUAACUGCUGGUAUCCCAGUUGUAUUGGAUACUGAUAAAGUACAGAUUAAUCGAUUAAACACAAACACACAUAUAGGAGUACCAAGAGUAAAGGAGGUAAAACGUAGUGCUCAUAAUGCUAUAGAACGACGUUACAGAACAUCGAUUAAUGAUAAAAUCAUCGAAUUGAAAAAUAUUAUUGUUGGAGUAGAUGCAAAGUUAAACAAAUCAGCUAUCUUGAAAAAGACUAUUGAUUAUAUUAGGUUUCUUCAGAAUUCUAAUGCAAGAUUGAAAGCAGAAAAUAUGUCAUUAAAAUUAGCUGCUCAAAGGCAAAAUCUGCGCGAUUUAUUAGUAUGUGGUGAACUUACACCACCUAGAUCAGAUUCAAGCGAACCAUCGUUAUCUCCAGCAGCGGCACCAUUAUCUCCUCAAUCUCCAUCAUCUAUAAAGGAUGAUCCGGAUAUGUUACAAAAUGUUGAUUCAACAUCUGUUCUUACAAAUCAUCAAGGCAUGAGAGAUCAUACCAGGCUUACACUCUGUGGAUUUAUGCUUCUCUUUUUAGCAUUCAAUCCUUUAGGUUUUCUAAUAAAUAACGUAGGAAGAUUCAAUUCUGAUUAUAUAAAUACAAAAUUGGAUGGUCGUACAAUUCUCAAUUAUCAAGAUCAAUCAGAUUUUGAAAAUCCAAUGUGGAGCAAUGUGUUUUUGUGGCUAAUAAAUGUUGUACUUUUAAUUGGCGGACUUUGCAGAUUAUUAUUACACGGUGAUCCAAUACUGCCUUGUAACAGUAAAAUAUUUAUUGAACUUCAUCGAUGGAGACGUCAAGCAGAAUUCAAUAUAUCCAAGAAUGAAUAUAGUCAAGCUUGUCGAGAUUUACAUCAAUGUUUGCAAUACUUGGGCCGACCAUAUCCAUCGUCGCGCACAGAAGCUUGGCUCGCAACAAUGUGGCAAAUUAUAAGACAACUUCUUCAUAAAUUAUGGAUUGGAAAAUGGAUUUUACAUAUUCAUAAAUGGUUUUCCGAAAAAACUGUACGUCAGCAAGCAGAAAUAUCAGCUAUGGAAAUAGCUAUUAUUUAUCAACAUAUGUUGCGUCUACAUUUAUCAGAAGGAUCAAAAAGUGGAACAUUGUAUCUUGCUCUUUCUGCAGUGAACUAUGCAGAAGCUACUGGCGAGACUAUUCCAAAAUCAUUAUUAGCAGAAAUAUAUAUUAAUGUUGCAUUGUGUUUCAAGCAAUCGCUAUUUCCAUUCAUUCAUAAAUAUUAUUUGGGUAAAGCGCGCACGUUGCUUUCGUCGUGUGCGGUCCCACCAAAAUUAAAAUGGAUAAUGAGUGACGAAGGUGCUAAAUUCUUAGCAUUUCAAAAGUGGCAAUAUGGGAAACAAUCGGAUCAUGAAUUUACAUCUCAAACUAGUAAAGCUGAUCCUUUGUCAUAUGCUUCACGCGCUUAUAGAGAUUAUUUGAUUGGACAUUGUUUACGUAUUUUAACUGGUACUCUUGGAGAUGCACAUGUAUCUUUAAUAUUAGAAUAUGCACAAACUAUUAUGGCUUCUGCUGGAGUAGAUGCCGGAUUUUUAUGUACCGACAAAGUUACAGUUACACAUUGUGAAGAUGAAAUUGGAUUAUGGUGGGGAGCAGUUAUAUAUGUAGCAGCAUGUUGGAGAUUGAAAGAAGAUGAUUCACAAGCAUGGAAUAUUGUUGAAAGCAAAUUUCCUUAUGAAAAAAAUUACCAGCUUUGCAAUAAUGCUAAUAAUAGUAUUAGUCUGCUGCCAUAUAUUGUUUUGAAUGCUUUGCAAGCAGCAAAAGCUACUACUAGAUCAGUCUCCAUGCGUUUUAUUGAUCAGACAGGAGUAUUACUUGAACAAUGUUUGGUUUAUUAUAAUUGUAAGCAACAAUCGUCACAAAACGUUUUGCUUACCCAAUUGUGGAUUUGUGAUUGGUUACUUGAAAUGCGAACUACACUUUGGCAGGAAUUAGAUAAUGAUUUAGAAAAUUUAACUACUAAUAUAUCUCUUGGAGGUUUCCAACGUGAUUUAGCUUGUCUGAGACAAUUAUGUCAGCAUAUUCCUUCUACUUUGGCAAGAGUAUUUCUUUAUGAAGCUACAGCGCGUAUAAUGGCAGGAGCAACACCAGUGAAAACUCAAACAUUGUUAGAUCGUAGUUUGCAUCAUAGAAAUUCACGUUCUUCAAUUAUUUGUGGAAAAGAUCGUUCACAAGAUCAAUACACUGGAGAAAGAGAACAUGCGGUAGCUUUAUGUUUAGCUUCUCGACAUUUACCUUCAUUAUUACUGGCUUCUCCUGGGGAACGUGCGGGCAUGCUGGCUGAAGCUGCUAAAACUCUCGAAAGGAUAGGCGAUAGGAAGAGACUUCAAGAAUGUUACAAACUAAUGAGGCAAUUAGGACCGGCUAUUUCUGCCAAUUGA